AUGCGUAACGCGCUGUACGCGGUGGGAGCGCCGAUUCUGCAAAGCGCCACAUCGACGAUCCUCGGCGUGUCAUUCCUCGCUUCUGCAGAAUCGUACGUCUUCAGGAGCUUCCUGAAGACAAUAUUCCUUGUUAUUCUAUUGGGAGUACUCCACGGUUUAGUCAUCCUUCCAGUCUUGCUGACAAUGUUCCACUGUUCGUGCACAAGCAGCGAACCCGAGCAGAUCAACGACGCACCUUCUUCAAUCAGCAAGAAAGAGACUUUAUCUCCUUCGCCUGAUGUGAAGUACCUCGCCAGUCCUGAUUUGUACAAGUUCCCACCAUUUGAGUUUUCAGUACCAUAUAUGGAAUAUUUGAAAGACCUAGGAAGGCCUCCAGACUAUCAUGAAGCUUCUGCUCCUUAUCCUAUGCGAGCGCGACUGAAGUACACAAAAACUCCUAAACUUCACCCUGAUCGUGAACUUGAAAAGUACCCCAGUCCCAGCAUACAACCUCGGUGA